AUGGAACCUUUCCAACAGGCUAGGAAUGUUGAAGUCUAUAAGAGGAAACUGAGAAUGAAUUUUGCUAGUGCAAAUAGUACUGGCGAAAUUUGGUAUUUUAUUGAGGCCAAAGUAGAUGUGGAAGUUUUUUCAGAUACAGCUCAGCAAAUCUCUUUAAAAUUAGUGCUUCUUGAUCAGAAUAAAUCUUUGGUUAUUACUUUAGUUUAUGCUAAAUGUAAUGAAUCAGAGAGGUUGCACUUAUGGGAUGACAUUUAUCCGGUUGCAGACUUUAUUAAUCUUCCAUGGCUUGUUGGAGGGGAUUUUAAUGUAGUUUUACAUGAAGAUGAGAAGAUAGGUGGGAUUCCAAUCCAACCUCAAGACUAUGAAGAUUUUGCUUUCUGUGUAGAAGUUGAACAUCUCACAAGGACAGGUUCUGACCAUGCUCCUUUGCUCAUUACUUUGGGAGAACAGAGUCAGGCAUAUAUUAGACCAUUCAGAUUUGUGAAGUUUUGGACUGAGCAUCAAGGGUUCUUGAGCAUAGUUAGGAAUAAUUUGUCAAGUAAUCUGGAUGGCAAUCCAUUUAUGCUGUUUACACAGAAACUGAAGCAUACAAAGAAGAUUCUGUCUGCAUGGAGCAAAAACGUUUAUGGAGAUAUUUUCAAGCAGCUGAUUAUUAGGGAAGAAAUUGUGAGGAUACAAGAAGAACUUUUUAAAGGGGAUCCUUCUCCUUUGAACAGAAUCGAACUACAACAAGCACAGGCUGAACUAAAGAAGUAUUUGCAUUUUGAAGAAGAAUUCUGGAGAUUUUUCCAUAAUCUGGUAAAUGGAAGAAGGAAGAGGUUGCAAAUUAAAAGAAUUCAGAAUUCAAAUGGAGAUUGGGUAGAAGAUACUGUUCAAGUGGCAAUGGAGGCUGAAGAAUUUUUCAAAAAACAGUUUUCUCAGGAGCAAGAAGCUACAGAUUUUAGCUUACUUACCAUGUUCCUUCCAUGGCACUUUUUUUUUCAGGCUUGUUCGCAUAUUGUUGGUCCAGAUGUGCUUAAUAUGGUUAAAGACUUUUAUGAAGGUCACACUUUUCCUAAAUCCAUCACUCAUACAAAUUGGGUUCUUUUACCAAAAAAGCAAGAUGUUCAGACUUAUGCAGACAUGAGGCCAAUCAGCUUGAGUAACUUUAUCAAUAAAGUUAUAUCAAGAGUGGUUCAUGGUAGAUUGGAGGGCAUCUUGCCAAGGCUUGUUUUACCAAAUCAACCUAGUUUUGUGAAGGGGAGAAGCAUUAUUGAGAAUGUUCUUCUAACUGAGGAAAUAGUCACAGAUAUAAGAAAGAGAGGAAAACCAGCAAAUGUAAUCAUCAAGUUGGAUAUGGCAAAGGCCUAUGAUAGGCCACAUGGAUUUUUUCAUUCAACAAGAGGGGUCAAACAAGGUGACCCUCUAUCUCCAUCACUAUUUAUACUGUCUGCAGAAGUUCUUACAAGGGCCUUGAACAGCUUGUUUGAUGAUCCUAUGUAUAGAGGUUUUGGCAUGCCUAAAUGGAGUGCAGAUCUAUAUCAUCUGGCAUAUGCAGAUAACACCAUAAUCUUUACCUCAGCAGACAGAUACUCAUUGAAAUUAGUAAUGGAAGUUUUGCUAAAUUAUGAGACUGUCUCAGGACAAAGAAUGAAUAGAGAUAAGAGUUGUUUUUACAUGUAUAAAACUUGUGCAAUGAGUCUAGUUCAAGAUGUGACACAAAUCACUGGUUUUACAAGAGGUGAGUUUUCAUUCAAGUAUCUAGGAUACCCAAUAUUUCAUAGCAGAAAGAAGAAAGCAUAUUACAAUGAUCUGAUAAAGAAGGUGAAAGACAAGCUCCAGAAUUGGAAAGGAAAGUUGAUGUCUUUUGGAGGUAAAGUUGUGCUCAUCAACAAUGUUCUUCAAAGUAUGACAAUGUAUUUGUUGUCUGCAAUGGUUCCUACAAGGACUAGCUGCACUUUAUGGUCCACAUUUAUGUGGAACAAAUACUGCAAAAGGCAAAUUCCAACUCUGGUAGGGUGGAAGGGAGGAUCUCAGCUCUGGAAGAAAAUGCUAGAAGUCAGGGAUAAUAUUGAACAUGCCAUUUGGUGGGAGCCUAGAAAUGGCUCAUCUAGCUUCUGGUUUGAUAACUGGAUUAGGGUAGGACCUUUGGUUAAGCUGGUUACUGCUGGUUUUCAACGCAAUGAAGAUAUUGAAGAAGUGGAUGAAGUUAUGACACAUGGAACAUGGAACUUUGAACCGCUGCAUCACACACGGCCUGCAGAUAUUGUUGAACAUAUUAGGUCAGAGUUAAUUAUCAAUGAAAGGGAGAUGACAAGUGACAAGGCUUGGUGGUUAUUGACAAGCACAGGCAAAUUCACAGUGAGUAGUGCUUGGGAGGCUAUUAGACAGAAGAAACAUGAUAGAUGUUUUACCUUUCCCCAACAGGAGACAAUGACUCACCUGUUCCUAACAGGUGAGUUUGCAUCAGAUAUCUGGCAUAUUUUUUCCUCAGCAGCUAGAGUACAAAGACCAUUUGUGCAGAUUAAUCAAACAAUAUCUAAAUGGUGGACAGCAAAAUGUGGAGCUAAGUUGAAACCUAUCUAUCAGGUUGCCCCUGCAAUCAUAAUGUGGCAGAUAUGGAAAAGAAGGAAUACUAUUAUUCAUGGAUGGGUAAUGUCAAGAAAUAAGGUGAUAUUUGAGAUCAACAGGAAUUUAUGGCAGCUGGCAAAGUUCAAGUUCUCAUGGUUAGAUAUCCCUCACAGUUGGCCUCUUUUGGUUCAAUUUUUGGAGAAGUAUAAACCACUAGUAACAAGCAAAGCAGUAGCAUGGAAUUGUCCUCCUAAUGGUUGGUAUAAGUGUAAUACAGAUGGGGCAUACAAGAGUAGCACAGGUACUUUCCACAUAGCAAAUUAUCAGGAACUUCCAUCAGAGGCUAAAGGAAUUCUAAACACUGAUAAACAUAAUAUGCCUAGCUUCAGAUUCAAGAAACAACAUGUUAGAGAACCAGACUGA